CCUCAGCACUCUGAUCUUAGGGCAAGCAGGCAGAGUGCAAAAUGGCGCACAGCUGUCGGUGGCGGUUCCCUGCUCGGCCCGGUGGGAUCACCAACGCGGGCAGCGGGAGGAGAGCGGGCCGGAUACGGGUCACUGCUUCCCUCCGAACUGGCACUGGGACCCACCCGAACGCGAGCGGGCUCGGCCCGGGUUUUGAUGCUGCGUUGCAAGUUUCUGCUGCCAUCGGCAACAACCUGCAGAAAUUUCGGGAUGUUUUCGGGGAGGCGAGUGGCUCGAGCAGCGGGGAGGAAGAGCCCUUCUGUGGAUUUGGUACGCACAAUGAAACUAGAAGAAUACAGAGUUCAGUCAGGACCCCCACAGUCAAGUCCCCCCAGCAGAAGAAGCCAAGGGGGCGCCCUCCACGAGCCUUGGCUGCGCAAAGGAUGGCUGUGGAUUGUGGCCCUUCUCCCAUGCCUGCCUCCACCUCCCACGGCAAGCCUGAGGGGACAGACCGGCCCCCAGAGAAAGUUAAGCGCCCACCAGGGAGGCCCCCAGGGACCGGAGAGAAGAGACGAGGCCGGCCUCCAGCUUCUAGCAGCCUGAAGAGCUGGCAACAGAAGAGCCAGUCCGGCCAUGAGGAUGGUAGGGACUCGGCUCAGGAUGAGAGGGGCAAAAAGGCCGUGAGGAGGGCGCCAUUAGCCUCUAUGCAGCAGCGGCCUCAGCAGCUGCAAGAAAUGGCAAAGCUCCCCAGGGGUCCCAAGGUGGGUCGUAUCUCCAAGAUCACCAAAAUAAAGCGGCUGCGGGCAGUAAAGUUGGCGCCGCUCAAGUCAAGGCUGAAGGCUGUCGGGAGGAAAGGUGUCCCAGUCCCAGUGGUACCGAGGCGGAGGCGGGGUCGGCCCCCUUCCGCAGAGCGCCUGAAAGCGGAGGCUGCUGUUGCCGCUGCCGGUGCCUCGAUCCCUCAGUCGCCCCUUCUGGAUAUUUCGCAGGCUGGGAAACAGAAAGCUUUCAGGUUACGUCGAGAGAGGCACUUAGGCCCCGACACUCCUCAACAUCUAAAGCUCCAGGUCCCACAUGCCGCUGAGGAGAUGGUGGUCGGCUCUGACCCCCAUAGCCCUCUGUCGGCCCUGUCAGCAGACCUGGCCUCCAGGCCAGGGAGACCUGUGGGUGUGAGGCAGAGCCCUCGACGCAUCACACCUGUGCGCAUAGUCCCACCUUCGAAGCGCACAGAUGCCACCAUUGCCAAGCAGCUACUGCAGCGUGCCAAGAAAGGGGCGCAGAAGAAGAAGCUUCUGGAAAAGGAGGCGGCAGCAGCAAUUGGAAGUCAGAGCACGGCCAACAUGGAGGCUGGUAUCAGACGGAAGAGGAGGACUCAGCUGAAGAACAUCCGGCAGUUCAUCAUGCCCGUGGUGAGCACUGUAUCCUUGCGCAUCAUUAAGACCCCAAAGCGCUUUAUUGAAGAUGAGCCCAAUUUCGGGGCUCCACCACCCCACCUCAAGAUGCCUAGGGUGGAUGCAGUGCCCUCAGUCGCAGGUCCCCAGCCCUCUUCCCCACCUCUCACCAUGUCGUCAUCCACCACGACUCCAGGGGCGUCCGGAUCCGCUGGGGCUGUGGCCUCCGCCAGUGCCCCCCCUCCGCCACCUACCCCAACCCAGAGCAUCACUGCAGUGGCUGGCGGAGGCUUGCUUAACAACAGCAGUUGCAACAACAGCACCAGCAACGGGCGCUUCAGCAGCAGCGCAGCCUCCUGCGGCUCCAGCGCCGUGUCUCAGCACUCCUCACAGCUAUCCUCUGGUGAGUCCUCGCGCUCCAGCAGCCCCAGCCUGGACUCAUCUAGUGACUCCCAAGCAUCAGAGGGCACGCAGGCACAUUCCGAGGAGGCUGACCGCUCCCCUUCUUCCCAGGGUGAGAGGGAAGCUGGCUUACUUCACGUGUCGAGGCCUCCUUCCCCUCCCUCGGAGCCCGAGCACGUUUCAGUAAUGGAGCGGAGCCGGAGGGGGCGUCAGGGACAGGGAGUCGGAAGAGGCAACUUGGUGGCUGGCACUCGGGGAGGUCUUGCUAGCGGUAGGAAGAAAUCAAUCAUCAGUCCAGCAACAGGGGUGCUGUUGUCUUCCUCUCGAACCGGGUCGAAACAGGCUUCAUCAACAGCGUCGUCCUCCUCCUCCCCACCACCUCCCCCUCUUCACCCCCCGCCGCAGCCGGCAGCCUCCACCACAUCAGCCAUCAGCGAACAUCAUCCUCACUCGCCGUGGAUUAUGCAGCACCCCAUUGCCCCUUUCAUCUCAGCCCCAGUGCUCUCUCCCCUCCAAGAGAAGCGGCACUCCAUCCUCCGGGAGCCCACGUUCCGCUGGACGUCGAUGCCUCGUUCAGAGCAGCACUACUUUUCCUCGGCCAAAUACGCCAAGGAGGGCCUCAUCCGCAAGCCCAUCUUUGACAACUUCCGCCCUCCACCCCUCACUGCAGAGGAUGUGGGCCUACUUCCCUCAGGUGCUGGCGGGGGCAGUGGGGGUGUAGCAGGUAGUUUCCCUGGACCAGGAGGGGGCCCUGGGCCAGGAAACCGGCUAUUCUCGCAUCUACACCAUCACCCCCACCAGCAUCCUUCCUCCCGCUUUGAGCCACCACUGCACAAGCGCAGUCCUCUACUCCGAGCCCCCCAGUUCACCCCCAGCGAGGCGCACUCUCGCAUAUUUGAGUCAGUCACCCUUCCGUCGUCUUCUGGGAGCAGCGCUGGCUCUGUGUCCUCCCUGCAAGCGUCGUCCACGGCUGCGAGGGUGCAGCGCCGCAGGAGGCGGAGGACCUUCGGGCCACUGCGAGGCCAACCCAGGUCACCUUCCCACUCUAUGACCACUCGGAGCAGCCAGUCAGGUGCACAGGCGGGCAAGGGCACCUCUGAACUCUCCCCCUUACCAGGUCACGCCUCCGCAAGCGCCUCCAGUUGCUCUGGCUCCCUCCCAGGAGUGGCGGUCAGUCCCCUUGCUGCCAGUGCCUUAACCCCUGCCUCUUUCAGCUCGUUCUCUCCAGGCCCCUUGAGCCUUCCGACCGAGGGUGCCGUCGAUUCCUAUCAGCCAGGUGGCCGCAAAGCAGCCGGAGGCCUGGGAGGAGCAGGGGAUUCCUCUUCCGCCUCCUCAUCACCGCUCUUCCCUCUCUUUGCUUCCAGCCCCCAGGCAGCCAGCAGUGGAGCUGGGAAAGGGGGCAGGGAGAGGGGCGCUUCAGCCUCUCGGGAGAUAAGUGCCAAGGAGAAGGAAAGGGAAAUGGACAGGGCUAGAGAACGUGAGAAGGAAAACAAAAAAGAGGUGCAAAAGGACAGAGAGAAACGUGGAAAGGGCGCCACUCCAGAGGGCAUCUCUACUACAUCAUCUAGCCUCUUUCCCAUGGAUGAGGACUCUGAAGAGUGCCCAGUGUCCAGCCCCCCAAAGAAGACACCUGGCCGGAAGAAAUGUGUCUCGGGCGACCCCAAUACAGAAACCUCCCUGUCCCCUGCCUUAGGGUCUAUAGAUGGGGGUUCCCUCCAAGCUGCUGCCAGCCCCCCAACACCCAAGGGCCGUCUGUACAAGAAAGGGAGGUCUGCAGACAGGGGCCUGGAUGCUGAAACAGAGGGUAAAGAAAAAGACAAGGAAAGAGAGAGGGAUAGAGCGGGUACCCCAACCCAGCAGGGCACUCAGCCUGGGCCAGCCCGAAAACAGGGCUCUGUCCCCUCACUCGGGUCCAUGUUGGCCCAGGCCGAGAAGCAGCAGGUGGCCGACAAGCGAGUUGCUGGGCUGCUGAAGAAGGCCAAAGCGCAGCUGUACAAAAUUGAGAAGAGCAAGUCCCUGAAGACAACAGAGAUGCCGAAAGCACAGGGCCAGGAGAGUGACUCUUCUGAGACGUCAGCCCGCGGGCCUCGUAUCAAGCACGUUUGCCGGCGCGCUGCUGUGGCGCUGGGUCGGAACCGGGCUGUGUUCCCCGAUGACAUGCCCACCCUCAGUGCCUUGCCAUGGGAGGAAAGAGAGAAGAUACUGUCUUCCAUGGGGAAUGAUGACAAGUCAUCAGUGGCGGGUUCAGAGGAAGCGGAGCCCACAGCUCCACCCAUCAAGCCAAUUAAGCCCAUCAAGCCCAUCAAGCCAGUUACCCGGCACAAGACCAUUCAGGAGCCACCAGCACGGAAGGGGCGUCGCUCACGCCGCUGUGGCCAGUGUCCUGGCUGCCAGGUGCCUGACGACUGUGGCAUCUGCACCAACUGCCUGGACAAGCCUAAAUUUGGGGGGCGCAACAUCAAAAAGCAGUGCUGCAAGGUGAGGAAGUGCCAGAACUUGCAGUGGAUGCCGCCCAGGGCAAUACUCCAGAAACAGGCGAAGGACAAGAAAGACAAAAAGAAGAACAAAAUGGCAGAAAAAAAGGAAGCGCAUCAUUCCGCCAGGAUCCAUUCCUCUGACAGCGACCCGAAACCUGCCCCACCCACAGUGAGGGAGGAGCUUUCUCGCAAAAGGAGUGAAACCCCAUCCCCAAAGCACAAUGAGGAGAGGCAGAAGCAGCAGGCCCAGCAGCCCCCACCGCCACUGAGCCCUUCCCACGAAGAUCCCCAGUCUGCUCCAAGCGCAGCACCAACGCCAGAGCCAAAACAGCCCACAGCGCCUCCUAGCACCAGCUCCAGGAAGGAGCGCAAAGCGCCACUGCAGACUCCUGCCUCUACCUCGGUACCCGCCACCCCAUGCCCGCUUCCGCAGCCCCAGAUCAACGCGGAGCCUUCACAGACCCAGCAGAAUCAGGCACCGAAAGAAGAAGUGCCAGGCAAGCCUCCCCCCGGCGAGCCUAAAAAGAAACCUCCGCAGAAGAACGUCACGGUGCCAGUUACAGAGACAGCGCUGGAAUCAAAACAGGUGAAGAAAGUACCUCCUCGAUGUGCCCCACCCCCUAAACAGAAACCCAAAGAGAAGGAAAAGUCGACAUCCAGCAGUCACGAAGCUGGUUCUUUAAACCCCCUAAGCAUUCCCUCAACUGGAGGCCUCGGUAGGCAGAAAACGCCCUACGAUGGAGUGCAUCGCAUAAGAGUGGAUUUCAAGGAGGACUUUGACAGCGACAAUGUGUGGGAGAUGGGCGGCCUCAGUAUCCUGACCUCUGUGCCCAUCAGCCCACGAGUGGUUUGCUUCCUCUGUGCCAGCAGCGGGCACAUGGAGUUUGUGUUCUGUCAGGUGUGCUGUGAGCCCUUCCAUCUUUUUUGCUUGGAGGAGACAGAGCGCCCCCUGCAGGAGCAGCUGGAGAACUGGUGUUGCCGCCGCUGUCGUUUUUGCCACACGUGUGGCCAUCAGCACCAAAAGACCAAACAGCUGCUGGAGUGCAACAAGUGCCGAAACAGCUAUCACCCCGAGUGCCUGGGCCCCAACCAUCCCACCAGGCCCACCAAGAAGAAGAGAAUCUGGAUCUGUACCAAGUGUGUGCGCUGCAAAAGCUGUGGUGCCACUACUCCGGGGAAGGCCUGGGAUGCCCAGUGGUCACAUGACUUUUCCAUGUGUCAUGACUGUGCCAAACUCUUUGCUAAAGGUAAUUUCUGCCCACUCUGCGACAAGUGCUAUGAUGACGAUGACUACGAGAGCAAGAUGAUGCAGUGUGGGAGGUGCGACCGCUGGGUGCACGCCAAGUGCGAGAAUCUCAGUGAUGAAAUGUACGAGAUUCUGUCCAACCUGCCGGAGAGCGUGGUUUACACCUGCGUCAACUGCACUGAGCGCCACCCGGCAGAGUGGAGAACCGCGUUGGAAAAGGAGCUGCAAAGCUCAGUGCGACGUGUCCUCACCGCCCUGCUUAACUCGCGCACCUCCACCCACCUGCUCCGCUACAGACAGGCUGUGAUGAAGCCCCCAGAGCUGAAUCCAGAGCCUGAAGAGAGCCUGCCCUCCCGCCGCUCCCCUGAGGGCCCUGACCCCCCUGUUCUGACUGAGGUAUCCCCACCCACCGACUCCCCACUGGACCUGGAGUCUGUGAAGAGGAAGAUGGAGAUGGGGCGUUACAAGGCUGUGCUGGAGUUCAGCGACGAUAUUGUCCGCAUCAUCCAGACAGCCAUCAACUGUGACGGAGGGCAGCCAGAGAACAAGAAGGCCAACAGCAUGCUGAAGUCCUUCUUCAUUAGGCAAAUGGAGCGCGUGUUCCCCUGGUUCAAGGUUAAGGAGUCCAGGUACUGGGAGCCAAACAAGGUCUCUUCCAACAGUGGGCUGCUUCCUAACGCUGUGCUGCCCCCUUCCUUGGACCACAAUUACGCUCAGUGGCGGGAGGAAAUUGCACGAGCUGAACAGCAACAGCAGCAGCAGCCACCACUCAUGAAAAAGAUCAUCCCUGCCCCACGACCCAAAACUCCAGGGGAGCCGGAGUCUCUGACACCCCCUUCCCCACCUCAGCACAAACUUGGUCCACACCUCAGCCGAGAGGACAGUCCCGAGCUUCCGCCUCCGCCCGAUGUGAGUGACAACAGGCAGUGUGCGCUGUGCCUGAAAUAUGGAGAUGACAACACCAAUGACAGCGGCCGGCUCCUGUAUAUUGGCCAGAAUGAGUGGACCCACGUGAAUUGUGCCCUGUGGUCAGCUGAGGUUUUUGAGGACGAUGAUGGCUCCCUGAAGAAUGUCCACAUGGCAGUGGCCCGAGGAAAGCAGCUGCGCUGCGAGCACUGCCAAAGGCCUGGUGCCACUGUGGGCUGCUGCUUGCCCUCCUGUACCAGUAACUUCCACUUCAUGUGUGCCCGCAUGCGCCACUGUGUCUUCCUGGAGGACAAGAAGGUGUACUGCCAACGUCAUAGUGACCUCAUCAAAGGGGAGGUGGUGUCUGAAACUGGGUUUGAGGUGACACGGCGGGUCCUGGUGGACUUUGAAGGAGUCAGCCUGCGCAAGAAGUUUCUGAAUGGCCUGGAGCCGGAGAAUGUCCACAUGAUGAUAGGGUCCAUGACCGUCGACUGCCUGGGCAUCCUGACUGAGCUUUCUGACUGUGAACACAAGCUUUUCCCCAUUGGAUACCAGUGCUCAAGAGUGUAUUGGAGCACACUAGAUGCCCGCAAGCGUUGUGUUUACACCUGUAGAAUUGUGGUGUGUCGCCCCCCGGUGGCAGAGCCCAAUUCCAACAGCACUUUAGAGCAUGAAGAUAACCGCACCAUAGCCCACAGCCCCCCUCCUGUUGUAGAUGGGGAUAGUGAUGUUGCAGAUGUGGAACUGUCAUCACCCUCUGGGUUAGAAGUACGUUCCUCUCAAUCCCCAGACCACCAGAUCACUCCUACAACACCAAAACUAAAGGCUGCUGUCAGAAGUAGACAUCCCAGCUACCCUCCAUGCCAGAGGUCCCCCAUUUCCAGACCACUCCCUUCCCCAGGGGGCCCCUCGAACUCCACCCAUGAGAUUGUGACUGUGGGUGAUCCCUUGCUAAGCUCUGGAUUGCAUAGCAUUGGGUCCCGACGGCACAGCACCUCCUCGCUCUCUUCUCACCCUCCAAAACAACGGAUCCCUUCACCUUCCAAGGGCAGUGCUGUGCUGGGUCGCCAAGGAGCCUUUGCCUCAUCCCCUUCUCUUUUGGCUGCCUCGAAAGAUGUUGAGAAGGAUGGAGACAGGGAGCAAUCAGUCAGACCCAUGCCAGAUGGGAAUCACGGUCGAGAAUCAAGGGUGAUCAGUUCCGGGUGUAACCGUAAGAAUUUGUCCGGCAUUCCUGAUAAGAGAGCAGAAAAUAGCCAAGAGGGCACUGGCAAGCAGUUGGGAGAGGAGAAAUGUGCCAUAGUCCCCCCUCUGGGCAGAAUGAGUCAAGCGUUGCUUGGACGACCUGCAGUACUGGCAGGGUCCCAGAAGAGCAUUAGCACCAAGGUGGAAAAAGCAAGGCAGAGCGGGAAGGACACAGACCUUCCAACUACUGGUAGUCAUGUGUCCCGUCGUCCUCUUGCCACCCUGAUGAAAGACGCCAGUGGAAGUGACUCUGUGAAGGAUGGCAGGUUAAGUCCAGGCACUGCCUCCAAGGAUGCAGUAAACCCUGGUUCCCCUUUGCCUCCACAUCACAAAAGUGGAGGGAGGAAGUCCCGUGAUCAACUAUCCAGUCCACCCCCAGCUGCUGCCUUGAAGCCCCUUUGGUCCACUGGAGCUGCUACCGCUGAAGACACAGUGAAGCGUGGCUUGCAGGCAACCUCUGUAUCGUCCACAGGCCCAGUUUCUAGCACGAAAGAAACACGCUCCAAAGGGCGACCUGCAGACAACAGGGAGUCAGGGAAAGAAAGGGAAAAGAAGUCUCAAAACAGCAAUGCUCAGAUAGCAUUGACCUCUACUCAUGUAGAGGUCAAAAGCCCUGCAAUGCUAGAAAUGAAAAAGUAUGAGAACCAAAGUGAUGAGCGACCUUUAAAAGCUAGGGAGAGGUUUUCCAGUCUUGAGAUGAAAAAUAAUACUGGCCCUGAAGGGAUGAAGGCCAGGUUUAGCCCAGAGAAAGGCUUCAGAGAAGUGCAGAUUCCUACUGACACAGUAGAGAAGGAAGGAUCACCAAAGGACAAGAAGUGUACAGUCAAAGUGACUUUGACACCUUUGAAAAUGGAUCCAAACGGGACCAAACCAAUCAGCACCUCCUCUGACACAACUACAACAACCUCACUCUCACCUACCAGCCAGGACUCCCACAAGAGAGCUUCACGCUCUCUUCUCUUCUCUCCAUCUGCAAGCUCCGAAAGCUCAGAAUCUGAUGCCCAACAUCAUGCAGAUGACUCUGAGGAACACCUCUUGACACAUCACUGCACAAGAGAAGAUGUGGAGGGUACUGAUGAUGGGGAAGAGCACCCUUUAGAAGAUGGCAACAGAGUGGAAAAACACCACGAGGAAGACAGUGACAGCUCAGGGUCAGCAAAACGGCGCUAUCCUCGGCGCAGUGCACGAGCCCGGUCCAAUAUGUUCUUUGGUCUCACACCCUUUUAUGGCGUGCGUUCAUAUGGGGAGGAGGACAUUCCCUUCUAUAGUAGCGGGGAUAGCUCAGGGAAGAAACGAGUAGGAAGUGGGGGUGGAAAGCGUUCUGCUGAAGGUCAAGUGGAUGGCGCUGAUGACAUGACCACCUCUUCCUCAGGAGACAGUGGGGAUGAUGAGGAGGGUGGGGUUGGUCAUUGCACUGAUGAAGACAGUUACUACUACAAUUUCACCCGCACCAUCAUACAUCCCAGUGGCGGAGUCCCUCCCACAGGGGGCAGGGAGCAGUGUUUAGGCACAGGGUCCCAACUUCCAAAUUUCCUGAAAGAAGAUGCAGCAGAUGAGAAUAUGGUGGUUGAAGGAGCCAGAGGCCUAAGCAGGACAAGGAUUGGUCAACUGGAUGGGGUGGACGAUGGCUCCGAAAGUGAUGCCAGUACAAGUACCACCACCACCACCACCACUGCUACCACUUCAUCUUCAAACAAGACUGCUAACAAGAGGAAGGGCAGGGAAAAUCGAGCAGACAAGCUGGACAUGGAUUCAACAAAAGAGGUUGAAAACAGUAGUGGUGUAGGGGGUGGAAGCAACAACAGCAAUAGUCGUGAAGGCAGGAAGAAUCAGAAGGAGAAUUGUCUCCCCCUUGGGGGAGUAAAAGCACAGGGCCAGGAUCCCCUCGAUGCCCAGUUGUCCCUCAACUCUGACCUCCUCAAGUCUGAUUCAGAGAACACCAACAGUGAUGACUACGGCAACAUUCUUCCGUCGGAUAUUAUGGAGUUUGUGCUCAACACGCCUUCCAUGCAGGCUCUGGGACAGCAGCAAGAGGCUUCCUCCUCUGAGCUCCUUUCACUCGGCGAGGGCUUUGAGCUUGAUGGGAACCGUGGAAAGGAUAUUAGCCUUUUCGAGGAUUUCUCUCAACCGCUGCCUACUGCAGAGCAGGUUGAGAGUAGUGUAAAUCCUUCCAUUUCAGCAGAGGAGUCUUAUGGCCUCCCACUGGAGCUGCCUUCAGAUCUUUCUGUACUCACAACCCGCAGUCCAUCAGUGAGUAAUCAGAACCACGGAACCUUGAUCUCAGAGUCUUCUGAGCGUUCCAUUCUGUCCUUGCCAUCAAGCGAUGAAGUGCCAGACAAAGGAGGAGAGAAACAGGGGGGAGUGGCAAGUAGCUCCAAAAAGGUUCAGCAGGGAGGGACUGGAAGUGUAGACUCACAGGUUUCUGAGGGCCAUAUAACCCCAGAACAUUUCAUCCCCAGCCACUUAGAGGCAGAACGUAUUACAAGUCCACCCAUCACCCAAGUGGUAGAACCUGGUAGUCAAGACUUGACUAGAGCAUCUGGGACUCCUGUAUUGCCAAACUCCCCUUCUUUACCUCUUCAGGGACAAAAGUACAUGACUGCUUCUGCAGACAGUCCAGGCUCUGCUCAGGUGUCCACCACUGCAGUUCAGACUGCUGCAACCCACCUCAAACCAGGAACAGAGAAGCUCAUAAUUGUGAACCAGCAUAUGCAGCCACUUUAUAUGCUACAGACACUUUCCAACGGAGUCACUCAGAAGAUUCAGAUAGCCCCUUCAGUGAGCACAGCUGGAGUGAUGGACACAAACUCCAUGACUGGAGGUUUAACACUAGCACCUGGUCUCACUGCAGGCAUGCCAGGCUCUCAGCCUAUAUUUUCGUCUGGUGGAAAAGGUUUAGUUUCUAUGCCACACCAUCCUCAGAUCCAAACUUUUGCAGGAGCUGCCCAGACAGGCUUCCAGCCUGGUAUCCCAAGCACCACAUCUAGCCUGCUAAUUGGAGUUCAUUCCCAGGAUCCCCAGGUUCUAGUAUCUGAGGCUGGCCACCACACGGAGCUGGCUUCCAAUCCCACAAUUGUCUCCAGUGCUCUACCAGUCUCUCCCUCUGCAACAGGAUCCAUUUCAGGGCAUGGGAAGAAGCGUCCUAUCUCUCGGCUCCAGCCCCGUAAGGCCAAAAGGCUUGCUCGGUCAGGAAGCCAGCCUGUGUUAACUCCAUCUGAUACCGGUCCUAACAUGACCCUCAUCAACUUCUCGGCAUCUCAGAUUCCUCCUGGAGUCCCUGCUCAGCAAGGGUUGGUUGAACUGGGAACUCUAACCACAACAACUGCCACAUCUCACAGGAAAGUCCCCAACAUCAUCAAGCGUCCUAAAGUUGGAGUUUACUUUGAGUCACCACCUCUGCAAGGUCUUUCUACCCCUACUGUGCAGCAAGGGAUCCUGGGACCUGAAUCUUCUGCACACGUGGUGCCGUGCACUGUGUCUGGACUCAGUACUAAUCAGCCUGUGCUGAAUGUUGUGUCUGUCCCAGCUGGUGGACCUGCUAACCUCCUUGGCACCCAGGGUCUCCUUGGCCCCACUGACUUCAGCAACCUGCUACUUAAGGCCAGUCAGCAGACUCUGAACCUUCCAGAACAACAGAUGGUUCUCCAGUCAGGCACCCCUAUGAUUGCGCAGUUGAGCACCUCGGCACAAACUCCCAGCACCAACAGUAUUUGUGUACUGCCCCCACCUCAGACCAUCAACAUGUCUGUAAACCCGCAGUCAGACCAGGUGGGGGCCUAUCACCUCCAGCACCACCCGACCAGUCUAGUGUCAGCAGAGAAGCCUCAGAUUCUGGGUCAGAGCACUUCUGCUCCUGUGCUGCAGUCACCCCGGGCAGUAACACAAGAGAUUGCUGCGUGCCGCCCUGCUGGCAUCUCUGGUUUGAGCUCCAGGACUGUUCCCUUUUCUCGAGCCUCAGAUUUGCAGCAAGCGCAUAAAGUCAUGAGCACAGUAGCUUCAGCAGCUGUCUCAUCUGGAAAAGGGAAGCAAAAAGCCAAGCGGCCUCAGCAUAGCCCAGACAAGACUAGCAGCAAGAAACACAAGCCAUGGCGUGCAGGCAGCCCUCGGGAGAAACAAGAAGGAGGCAACACAGGUAGCGGUGCUGGGCCCACUUUUAGGGAUUGGCGACCGGACUCUCCCAAGUCCAUGGAAAAACCUGAGGAAAGAGAACUUAGGAAGGGAGUUGACCAAACUGCAAAACCUGAACCUUCUGUCACAUCCCCAAAGUGUACAGAUACCAGUGGAGUCAAAUCAAAGUCUACAGUUCCGAGUCUAAAAGAAGAGGGAAUGUCAGGUACCCCACAAGUAGCCACACUGGACCUGGAGAGUUGCAGAAAGAACUCCUUGCUGGACGGCAAGCCUAAGAAGGGGUUGAUGUUUGAGAUCUGCAGUGAUGAUGGUUUCCAGAUUCGCUGUGAGAGCAUUGAAGAGGCCUGGAAGUCACUGACUGAUAAAGUCCGGGAGGCACGUUCUAAUGCCCGGCUCAAGGAGCUCUCCUUUGAAGGGGUGAACGGUUUACGGAUGUUGGGCGUGAUCCAUGACGCCGUGCUGUUCCUUCUGGAGCAGCUGUCUGGUGCCCGACAUUGCAGUCGCUAUCGUUUCCGUUUCCACAAGCCAGAUGAGUCAGAUGAGCCACCAAUUAACCCUCAUGGAGCUGCCCGAGCUGAGCUGCACCAUAGGCGAUCAGUUUUUGACAUGUUCAACUUCCUGGCAUCCAAGCACCGUCAACCACCUGAAUACAACCCUCAUGAUGAGGAUGAGGAAGAAAUUCAGCUGAAGUCUGCUCGGCGAGCCACCAGUAUGGACCUCCCCAUGCCAAUGAGGUUCAGACAUUUGAAAAAAGCAUCCAAAGAGGCAGUUGGGGUCUACAGGUCUGCUAUCCAUGGCAGGGGCUUGUUCUGCAAGAGAAACAUUGACCCAGGGGAAAUGGUGAUCGAGUAUUCAGGCAACGUCAUCCGCUCCGUCCUUACAGAUAAGCGCGAGAAGUACUAUGAUGGCAAGGGCAUCGGCUGCUACAUGUUCCGCAUUGACGACUACGAGGUGGUGGACGCUACCAUGCACGGCAACGCAGCACGCUUCAUCAACCACUCCUGCGAGCCCAACUGCUACUCACGCGUCAUCAACAUCGACAGCAAGAAGCACAUUGUCAUCUUCGCCAUGCGCAAGAUCUUUCGGGGCGAGGAGCUCACCUACGACUACAAGUUCCCCAUUGAGGACCCCAGCAACAAGCUGCCCUGCAACUGUGGCGCUAAGAAGUGCCGGAAGUUCCUCAAUUAGUAGCCUCCCCCAACUUCGCGUCCCUCCUGCCCUUCAGCUCUCUCUCACAUAGCCUAAAGGUGCCAAUGCAUUCUGAGAGGCUUGGAGUGGGGGGCUUAAGUGAGUUUGCACUAUGACAGGGCUGUGUGUUCAGAUGGGAGUGUUUUAAGAAGCGAAUGAUUUAUUAUUGUGCCUCAUGAUUCAGCCUUUUUCCAAUUGCAUGGUAUUUGGGUUGAGAGAGAAGCGGGGGUGUGGGUAAAAAACGCACAAAACGAAAAUGGUUGGCAAUCGGGCCUAUGCUGAAGAUAGCAUUGUCAUUCUAAUGGCAUUGUCAUUCUGUUUACCUACAUGCAACAAAGGCAUAGUUACUAUUCCAUUCGUACAAUACCGUUACAGAUCUGGUUUCUCGGUUGCCGAACAACAUAAUUGUUCAGAUUUCUAUUUCAAAUCUGACCCAGGACAAAAAAGCAACAAGAUGUUGACAUUUUAUGUGGAAACAAACUUUUUUUCCUUCUUUUUUUCAAAUUUACACCAAAGUGCAAUUUGUGAAAGGGAAAUGGUUAUCUUUCUUACAGCAAAAAGUUUGGAUUGACCAGUCAUGACCUUUGCUUCCCUGUCAACCCCACCCUUUCAAAGACAUCUCCAUGUUUGAAUGUCAGCUGAGGCCUACAGAGCAGCCAUGGUAGCAGGAGAUACACCGGGUCUGCAGUGACUCUUCCUUGCAGCUCCUUUGAAGCUUUGUAAAUAGGACUCCUCGUCUAAAUGACUGUCAGGUCUCGAGUGGUGUGAUUGAAUUUUGUGAACACUAGAGGGAGUGUCAGUCCAGGCAAUGGUGUUACGAGAGGAGUUUCCCGCCGAAGUCGGACCGGCACUAAUGAUGGCGAACAUGCUGUAAAAUAACCACGUACGUAUUUGUGUGACUUUGACCACGAUAGAGAUGCGACUUGCGCAGCCGGUACUUGCCGAGAGGAAGUUCUGGUGGACUGACAGUCGGGGGACAGAGCCGUUUUUUAAAUAGUUUGGGUUUGUUUCUGGACUUGUUUUAUUUUGACAUAGGAUUAUGAGACACAAGCAGAGCCAGCAGUAGUAGUUGUUGUUGUUGUUGUUGUUAUCGAACUGUGUACAGUUCCAGUAGGAUCUCUGUGCGAACGGGAGGUCAGCCUUUCUGCAGCCGAGUGACAGCAGUUACUUCCUGAUUCACUUGUCAAAGUGUUCCAGUUUACUAGCAUUGAAAAUCAUUCAGCUCUCACUGGUACCACUUAAACAUACUCAAAGAAAAAUACCAUUUUGACCUUAUUUAUCUACUUAUUGGCCUGGAUCAUGUAGUCUUCUGCCUGAAAAUGAUCAUUUAAUAACGGGGAAAAAUAUGUCCUGCUUUCUUUAUAAAAUGUAAAUAAUAUGUAUAUUUUUCUAUUUGUGUGACAAAAAGAAAACGCACUUGCUAGUGAAAAGCACUUAACGAUUGUAUUUAUUUUUUUAAGGAAUCGAGUUGUAUUUAUUUUACUGGCUCCUAUUUUGUAGGAAACAGAUGUUUACAAACGCUUAAACUUGGUCGAGGCUUUUUUUUUUUUUUAAAUAGAGCUGCCUUAUUUAUUUCAUUUUUUUUUUAACCUAUUUUAGUAGGUUUUUUUUUUUUUCUACAUCUUUUGCAGCCUGAAUGUUCACCCUCUGUUCCAAAGACAUGCCGUCACCAUCGCUCUCGAGUGCAGUCCACCAGUAACUGUUUCAUAGCGCAAUGCCGUUUUUAAAGUGCAGCAGCAAGCUGUUCUGGUCCUUUGCUUUUGUAGUUACGAGAGAAAAAAACCUUAUUGGAAUUGUGUCUGUGUUUAAGCUGUUCAUGCGGACACCUCGUGUUUGUGGCCUUAAUGGCAGUUGGAGGAAAGAUACAGCAUGCUUAUUAUGUAAGCAGACCUCCGUGUCUCAUUCCUAACUCCUGAGGAACUUUUUUUUUAGGAGCACUUCUUUUCUCAGUGCAGCCCUUUCAAGCAAGCAAAAGUAAUAUUUGUUUGUGUGUGUGUUUUUUUUUUUUUUUUUUUUUUCUUUUAUUUUUUGUCUGGCAAGUUUUGUGUCUUCAGUUUUUUUCAGGCAUAAUAAUAUUACAGGCUACUAGAGAAACCAUAGCAACCAGAUGAGACUGCGCAUUUUGCAAGAGCACAGUUCUGAUAUUUCAGUUCGUUCAUCAUCGCUGAUGGGGAGGCGUUUGUACGUCCCGCUGGGGAAAACGCGAGGGGCUGUUUAACGCGAGCCGUGAGCAGACGUGUCGCCUUGUUUUGUUUCCUAUGUUUCGGUGAGAGUGUCGUGCCUUCUCAGUUCACGUGAGCCUUUCCGGGCUUUUCUCAUUUUGACCUUUGACCCCAGUCGGUACCGCUCCCAGUCUGCCUGACGGCACCAAGUAGGGGAAUCAUAGAUCAUGUCUUUGCUGCAAAAAAAAAAAAAAAAAAAAAAAAGUCUGAGGGACUUCAGUGGCGAUGUCAGGAAGGCUUGCUCAUCUGCUACAAGUUGCCUCUGAAAUGGAGCCACAAUCGAUGCUGCUGUGUGCGACUACUCCGUGGCAACGCGCUCGUUGUGUCACCUGUACAGCGGCUGCAGCAUUCCUCAGAGCCCUGACCCUGGCCCAGGCUGUCCGGCAAAGCAGGUUCACCCGUGUUCUACACGUAGAAGCAGAGACUGUGCUCACGCGCCAAGGUGGAUUUGUAGUAUGGUCCUAGAGGAUAACAGCAGUUUGACUUCACUUGACUUUCACUGAAUUUCAGAAACAAAUGUGAAAAUCCUUCCAUGUGUCAUUGGCGUCGGUGACCGUAUUGUUUUGUUUGGUCCGUGAGCCACCAUUCCAAGUCACUCUUAAGUGCUCAGGAUUUUUUUUUUUUUUCCUUUUUUUCUAUCAAGACCUCAAGCACAGCUGUUUUUCUUCAGGCUGAACUCUGCUGAUUCUGUUGCAGUCCAGCUCCAGCAGAACCUCAUGUCUUCAUUUUCAACCAGAUGCUUCGGGGCCAAGGAUCCUGGUUUUGCUGUCACGGGCUGGAUGUAACGGUUCUUCUACACAACCCUUUUAUGCAGCCUGGAGCGUGCCGUACAUUCAGGGAUAUACAGCCUCUUCUGGUUCUCACUUCCACUAUUCUCUCAACUUUGGCACAGGGGCCCUGCGGAAAUCUGCAGCCUGCUCUUUAAUGAAUGUAUAUUGACAACGAAAAAAGAAUGACAAUGUUAACAAUAACUUGAUUCUGCAGUUUUUUUUUUUCCUUAAAUCAAGAAAAUAAGACGGUCAAUUCAAAAAGGUUAUAGAAACCAAACAUGGCAACAGAAAAGGAAAAAAAAAAUACAGGGAUGAAGCUCAACAGAAGGGCUUGGUUAAGGCGGUUUUCGUCGCUGUUUUAGUUUCAAUGCAAUACUACUCAAGAUUUGUUGCUCCAUGUCCUAGUGAACCUCUCUCCUGUCAAUUCAGGCUGAUCGUGUGACGGCGUCUCCUUGUGGGGAACCUGGUGUGGUCUCCUGCGCCUCGACACCUGUAGUUACUGCUCGCUCAUCCACUCUUGCUCUUUAAAUAUAUAAAUCUAUAUAUACAUAUAAAUAGCAACUUGUACUUCAGUAUCUACAUAAUAUAUGGAAUGGACAAACUUAGUUACAGUAGCAAAACAGCAGCUUAAUAAAGGUUAUUUGCAUCUUUCAAUGUACUCUAUAAUGGUUUUUGUGUUACAGUAUCAGUUUAGAUCUAGACUAACGUCGUACAACAGCUUUGUAUAUUGAUAUUCCAGUACCAGUUCCUCCCUCGGAGCACUGCAGUCUCCUCUCUUUAUUUUCUAAAUGAACGAUAUUUAUAGUAUGAAAAUGUAUAUGUAUAAUGUGGUUGUGAACUUCUUGAGGUCAGCCAUUUGAUUAUUGUGUUUUUAUUGUUGUAGUGAAUUUUUUUUUUUUUUUUUUUUUUUUUUCCCUUUUGUACAUUUCCUUUGUACGUUUUUAACAGGGAUUUUAGAAAGCUUACUUGAUGUGGUAUUAUUCUGUUGAAAUUGCAAUGGUCAUUGAAAGGAUUCCUCCCCACACACACCCCUUCCACAAUACUGACCACCAAAUACCCUCUUCUUUUCUCCAUUAGGAAAUCGUGUUGGUACCGUACAUUAUUUAUAACAAGUAUUUGAACAACGUUAACCGUGAUUUUGUAUUUAUCACUGCUUUGAUCACCAUCUUAAAAUAAUGGUCACAGUAACACUGCUAAUAAUGUAACGGUAACAAAUAUUCCACAUUAUUUAUUGAUGUUGUUUUUAAACUUAGUUGCCAGUACAGUUGCCAUGGUGACACAGAUGCUGUAACCCAAUGGAGAGGCUGGAGUUGAUCUCCUGGCACUGUGCAGGAUAUCAUUUCAUGCUCACAUGUCACUGAUGCUAAGGUUGAUUGGUGAAGGGAUGUGGGUGUGGUGGUGGGGGGAGUUCUCAGGACAGUGGGCAGCGGGUAUUUGUGUCAGGGCUCGCUUUUUUUUUUUUUUUUUUCUUUCUCUCUCUCCCCUAUAGUUUUGAAUCAAACCCUCCCUUGUUGUGGUGUAUUUCCAUGGGCACACUUCUUCAGUACCUGAGCUCUCUAUGAUGGACACCAUGAUGAUAACUCUGUUUGUUCCUCUGAGUUUUUUUUCCAGUGUUAUCUCAUAUCAC